AUGUAUAAUUGGUCUACUGGAUUGUGUGAAACCGUCAGAAAUUCACCGGUAGAUGAUGUUUGUUGGAGGUUUUUGAUGUAAAUGCGUGUUUAUAUAUUCUAUUCGAUUAUUGCUCGUUAAAGAAGACUUAAUUUUUUAUUAAGAUGCCGCGAAGUCGCGAUUUUAUUGAUGCGCAUUGGUUCUACAGCAGCGAUGAAGAUUCUGAAAGGUAUAUCGAAAAUGUUGAUAAUGAUAAAUGAUCGUAGAAGCACGGAAUCAGCCGACGGAAAUUUUGAGCCGCCACAUGAACCAGAAUCAACGGAAGAUUACCGCGGGCCGAGCAAUUCAAUAAGUUGCUUUCAAAUGUCAAAGUUGGUUGUUUUUUUGCUCACUGUUCAAUUGUUCUUUUUUUAUAUGUGCCAAACUUUUUUUGCCCUUAUGUAAGUAGUUUCAACCGUUUCCGUGUCGAAGUCCCAACGUUUUUUUGUUGAAAGUUGCCCAACCAUUUGCCUUGACACAACGCGUUUUUUUCUUCUAUUUUUUUCGCAAGUAGCGCUUAUAUCAAUAUGCUUUAGGCGUAUAUUUAUUGUCUUGAAGAGCUUCUAUUAGAUUGAUCAAUACGGUUUCCGUUGGCAGUGAUUUAGACGUGUCAAAUAUUUAUACGGGUCUUUUUACGGCCAAAAAGUUUUUUUGCUUCCUCGAAUAUCCUGUUACGUAUACAUAUCUUCAGUUUUUUUUGCUCGUUUUUUUGUUACUUAUGUCUAUCUGUUCCCAUUGAUGAUCCUGAUUGCUUUUUAAUGUUUUCAAUUCCUUUCAAUAAAUUUGGAAACAGUUUCAAACGCAAUGAGAUGAGUUUACUGCGGAUGUGUUAACGAUUCGCAUUCAAUAAGGGUUUCUCUAUUUCCUCCCGGAGCUAUUUCAAAAAUUUUCCGUGCCCCCCUAAAGGGACCCCUAAAAAAAUUUGUAGGGGUCCCUAUAGGGUUUCAUUUAGGGGCCCCUAUAGGGCCAUCUCCAAGGGGCCCUAAUUUACCCCCUAUAGGGCCCCCUAAAACUUAUCCCAGAACGUCGCAUUCUUCCAUUAACUUUUCCUUUUGUUAUGUAGUUCGCGUUGUGCGUCGUUUUCCAUCCGUGAUCAUUUCCCUUAUUAUUUGCUAAUAAAUCUCCGUGUUUAAGGAAAAAUGCAAAGAGCUAACGUGGAGAUGUUGGAGAAGACUCUGUUCACCACUUCCAAAUCGGAUGAAGCGCUGCAUCCGUGUGUUGUGGUUCUCGAUUCAAAACACGCUGUGUCGUUUUUUCACGGCCCUCAUUCAUCAUUGAAGCUCAAUGAGACACUUUCUGUGUACUCUGUCUAUGAUUCAACAUUACACUAUCAGGUUUGCUUUUUUUCCAAUUAUUUGAAUUAUUUUUAAAAUUGAUUUUCAGACUUUUGGUUCACGCUACCUCAGUAGCGUAUGACGUAGUUGUGCUCAAGAUUCAAGAUGGCGGGGAGUUCCCGUUCUAUCCCAAAGGAUUCGAAUCUCUGUACCGCGGUCAGCACUAUUUGCAGCUGGGCAUCAGCCCGAAUAGGAUGCCAACCUGGAAAGACGGAGUCGUCUCUGACAGAUUCGGUAUGUCUAAAUUCUUAAAUUUAUUGUUAAUUAUUUGAUUUAGGUGGAUACUAUGUCGGAACGUCUUGGGGACAAUCGGGCGAUUCCGGCAGUGGAAUUUUCAAUUCUUCCGGAUAUUUUCUAGGAAUGUCGGUUGGAAAGGAGGUGUUCGUCUUCAACGAUUCUUCCAACAUGCCACUAGCAGAAGUAGCGAACCACCGCCCAGAUAGUAAAAAUAAUCAGCUCCGAUGUGAUUCUGGGAAUCGCUGGAAUUGGUGGACCAGGGGUAAGUGGAUUCAUUGGAAAAAUUGGUUUAAUCGUUUUUGUUUCAGUUGGAGCCGGUGGAGAAACGCUGCAAAAACCGAUAAGCAGUUUCCCUCCUAAAUUCUUCAGUUUGCGAUCUUGUUUCAUUUGAAAUUUUUCUGUAUUCGGUAAGCAACAAUAAAUGAUAUGGAUUCACUGCUUGACAAAUAUUGAAUAGGUGGGAGCUAUCGUUGAUUACGAUUCAAAUAUCUUUUUAUUAUAUCCGACAAAGUAUCUCUCAUGAAGAUUCCCCGGAAAUUCUUGAUCUUUAGUGUGUCUACUAGUUCUAAGAGAUCAUAAUUUGUCAGAGGUUUAAGAUUUUGGAAAAAAAGCUCAUUUAAUAGCAAUAAAAAAACAUUGAAAAAGUCUCAAAAAAAUUUAAAAAGUGGGAAAAAAAUGGUCACUUCUACGUCCAGCCAAAAAAAGUGACGUUUUUUUCAAAAAAAUGACUGAUUUUUCGAUGAGCUUAGACACUUUUUUUGAUGAAAAAUAAGCGUUAAAAUAGUCAAAAAGUGCAAAAAAACGUCAUUUGGGCAAAAUGACCGUCCAGUGACAACUUUUUUUACAUACUACUCACAAGAAAUAAGCGUAAUCAAAAUAUUUGGCUAUAAAUUUAUUAUUUUUUUCUGGAGAACAAAAAAAGUUUCCAAUAAAAAGGGGAUUUCUAAAUGUGAUAUCUUUCUGUUUCUCAUGUGACUGAAAAAUUUUUUUCACGUCGAAUCUAUUUUUAUAAAUUUGAAACGUGAAAAAAAUAAAUCAAAGAAUAUGGCUGCGUGUGCGAAUCGCCAAGUCAAGAUGACGUCAUGUCAGGGAGUAGCGGUUUGCGAUUUAAAGCGAAGUUAAUUUAAUAUAUUUGAUCAUCUUUUUUUUCUUAUAAAACCAGCAUGGAAUCUGAGUGUGUAUAGUUACAGCAAAAAAAUGGAAUCAAUCCAUUAAAAAAACAACCUCGUAAAUAAACAAAAAAAGGGAGAAAAAUUAAAGCAACAGUUUAAUCACAAUUAAUGUUUUAUUAAAGGCGCACUCAGGAGGAAACACCGAGAGCAUCAAAGCGAAGCGCCGAAAGGGGUUCUGUAGCUCCGAGGAAACUGAAAAUCGUCACAAGCUGGCGCAGAAUGACCUAUAUGAAAAAAUCGCGAAAACCGCCGUUCUAAAAUUUGCUGUUUUUUUUUUCCUACCACCAAAAGUUCGCUUACAAUUAGAAGAUGAAAACAAAAAACUCAGCCGUCACGCAUGUUUGAGGCAGUACUACGGCGGCCGGUGGCCGGUCAAUAUUGCGCAGUCAGUUUCGGAGCCAGGAAAUUUUUUUUAAUUUUCUUUUUUUUUGCAAUUUGUUAAGGACCUAUUUCUCGAGGUUACAAGAUAAUUUACGUCACAAAAAGUACACAAAAUUUCAUUUUAUUAUUGAAAAAUCUAUCCAAACUACCGUAAUACGACCGGACACCUUAAACAGGCGUGCCGUGUGUGACAAAAAUAAAGAAAUUUUGAAAAAAAAAGCACUGCAAACAUUUGUUUCAGUAAAGCAGAGCCGAUGCGCCCUCCUUUUUCAAAAGACGCUUGUAGAGCCGCGAAAUCCUGCAAAUUCAGUGAUUACAAAGGGCAGCUGUAUGAUUAGAACUGAUUUCCUAUUGGUUUGAAACUGUACUCCAGGGAAUUUCACUACAAAAUGCGACACGGAUCGUAAAGGAUACUUGGGGAUGGCUUUAUACUCCCAGUUCGCCGAAUGUCCCUUUCCGAGAGUCAGUUGAAGUUCACUAAUUCGAUGCUUACCCUGAGAUUGAGUUUCAGCCCACCAUCUGCAGUUAUGCAUCUGGCAGCGAGGUACGCUUUGAAAAAAUUAGCGAAGAAAACUCCACUGUUCAACUAAAUUAGAUAUUUUUCUAACCCGAGUCGUCAUUAAAGGCAUAUUUUCUACAGUAAGCCUGAAAGUGGGCUGGGCCUGAUAAAACUUGGUUCUAAACAUUCAUCAAGAGGUUGUUCACUAUCUUUGAUAGCAAAGUGAGCUCUCAGGAACAAAGAUGAAAAGCUCUACAAAAUACUGCUUUGAACUGAAAACCCCUUUUUACUGCCCUAUGCUUUUGAGCGAAACGAUUAUCUGCGGAAAAAUCUGCUAUCCUCUUAAUUUUUGUUUCAAUUUUCUCAUGCGAAAAAAAUUCCGAUAUCUUUUUUCUUGAAAAAAAAAAUGUUUGUUGCAACUUGAACAGGCUCACAAUGAAGAUUUUAGGACUGGAAGUGCUUGGAACAUGAGAAUAUGCUGUAUCAACCAAUGAAACCGAAUGCAAGCAGAAUAUUUUGGAGAAAAAAAAACAUCAGCACUUUCAGAAAACCGAUCGAAGUUUCUACUCUGAGGCGACCCAAAUCUACAAUGGACUGUGUUAUGAGGUUAUCGUUCAAAUCUUCAAAAAAGAAUCUUUCUUCGACAGAUCAUAUGCAACGAAGGAAGUUUCCAGUUUGUUUCUGGACAAGAUUACUACGAUUGCAAGAAAGAGGGAGAUCUGGUGUUCUUCAUACAGGUUCCAUUUUGGUUUCUGAAAGCUUUGACCGCUUUUCGCGUCAGAAGUACGGGAAAAAUAACCAUUUCCGACAGUUUUACGAAGAAAGGACGGAAUCAGAACUCGACGAAGUCACAGUAUUUUUUCAAGUUAAAAAAAAAAAAUGAUAAUUGAGUAUCUGAGCGAUUACACUGUCGAUAGGACUGUGAUUUGUCCGAAGUACUGCGAUGUCUGCGCGGAAAAAGAUCCAAAGACGUGCAAAGAAGAGGAAGCAGAAGAAGAAGAAGAUGAUGACGACGACGACGAGGUCUGCGACGACGAAUAGUGUUCUCUAACUUCUUUUUUUUUCAUGCCUUGCAAGCAAAUAAAACGAAGUUAUAGAGAAUGAGAAAGAGCAUGGAAAAUAUCAACAAGUUGUUGGAAGGGUCCAAAGCCUAGGGCCUUCCCUUUGCAGACAGCAAAAUAAUUGUGCUUCACCUAGGUAGAAACAAUCCUAGUCGAAGGGAAUCCUAUUUAAUCUGAAAGUAUGGUCGGAGACCUUGGUCUUUUUAUUGAUGAUUCCAUUUCCUUCCAUUCUCAUAUUGUAGUCAUUUUUGCCCGACUUGAAAGGCGAGAGAGGCGGGGCAGGGGGCGGGACGCACAGCGUGAGCGUUCGUGGUUCUUGGCACGAGUUCAAUUCAACCGCCAGAGACUACUUGGACUAUAUGGUUUUUUGAUAGUUCGUGGUGCUUGAGUUGGAUUCGUCCCUCGCCUUUCAAGUCGGGAUGGAUUGACUAUAAUCAUGUUGUCAAUAUUGCUAUGUUGGAAUCACGUAAGACCCCGGACCUUGGUUCCUUCACGGAUCCACUUUCGCUUAAUUUACGGAUAUGUCUCCGUUGGUUUAAGCGCGGUCCCUGUGGGCUGUGUAGCACAGAGCCUCAGACCUCGGUUCCAUGUUGGAUCCGAUUUUUGGUUCGAACCAGGAUCCUGUCCGACUCCGACAGGACUCCGACCGAUCUGAAGAUCAGUCGCGUCGACCGAAAAGCUUUGAACAGCUGGGAAUGA